UACUGGGGGUUUGCGUGAAAAUUAGGGCUGGUCCAAUGUAUAUAAGUGUGAAGGGGCAGACAGACACCGGCUGCAGCCCAUCCUCCCCAUCCAGCAGAGCUGACAGAGCACUGGGACCAAAGCGCACAAAGAAGUGCACAUGAUUCUCUCCUCCUGCUCUUAAAAGCCAUCACCAGGCAGCAUCCUCUGAAACUAAUGUCAAGCCAUUAAAUGGUGUGGUUUCAUAUCGACUGUGGUCAUCGGAUAUAUAAACGCGCUCAAAUAUACUAGCCAUUGGUCUUGAGAUGGAGUUUGAGCAUUUCGACAAACGGGAUAAAGCACAAAGAGACAGCCGUGUGGGUUCACGGGCAAAUUGCCUUCCCAGCCCGACACACAGCGCUCAUUGUAGUCUGUACCGAACCCGGACCCUACAGACAUUGAGCUCCGAGAAGAAAGCCAAGAAGGUUUGGUUCUACCGCAAUGGAGACCGCUACUUCAAAGGGAUUGUUUACGCUAUCUCCAACGACAGAUUCAGAUCUUUUGAUGCUCUGCUUGCAGACCUCACACGCGCUCUAUCAGAUAAUGUCAAUCUACCCCAGGGGGUGCGGACCAUCUAUGCCAUUGAUGGAUCCAAGAUUACCAGCAUGGAGCAGCUGGUGGAAGGGGAGAGCUAUGUGUGUGGCUCAAUUGAGCCUUACAAGAAACUGGAAUACACCAAGAAUGUAAACCCCAACUGGUCAGUCAACCCCAGGACCAGUGCCUCAGCACGAGCGCCCACCUCUCUUGCCAGCAUCAAGACCGGCUCCUUAGAAACCAAGGAUAACAAGGAUUUCAUUCGGCCCAAGCUGGUUACCAUAAUCCGCAGUGGGGUGAAGCCUCGGAAAGCGGUGCGCAUCCUUCUCAACAAGAAAACAGCCCACUCCUUUGAGCAGGUUCUCACGGACAUCACUGAUGCUAUCAAACUUGACUCGGGGGUCGUCAAGAGGCUGUAUACAGUGGAUGGUAAACUAGUGAUGUGCCUUCAGGACUUCUUUGGUGAGGAUGAUAUAUUCAUUGCCUGUGGCCCAGAGAAGUUCCGAUACCAGGAUGACUUCUUAUUGGAUGACAGUGCUUGCAGGGUGGUGAAAUCACAGUCAUACGGCCGCAUCUCUUCCAUGCAAGGCCGCUGCUCUCCUCGCAGUGGUGGACCUUCAAGAAGGAGCAAGUCUCCUGGUUCCAGCAGCUCAGCUAACGGAACAGCAGGGAGUCAGCUUUCUACUCCACGAUCAGGCAAAUCUCCUAGUCCAUCUCCCACCAGUCCAGCCAGUUUAAGGAGACGAAGGAGCUCCCAGCACAGUGGCUCCUCUCUUUCACUGGCCUCCACCAAGGUGUGCAGCUCCAUGGACGAAGGUGAUGGACUAGGCAGUGAAGCUGAGUUGAUACAGGAUUUUCCUCAGGUUCCUGCCUCCAUUGCAGAGAGGUACAAGGUGGGGAGGAUGAUUGGGGACGGGAACUUUGCGGUGGUCCGAGAGUGUGUGGAGAGAUCCACAGGCCGAGAAUAUGCCCUGAAGAUCAUCAACAAGAGCAAAUGCAGGGGGAAGGAACACAUGAUCCAGAAUGAGGUAUCCAUUCUUCGGAAAGUGAAGCAUCCAAACAUCGUUCUACUGAUUGAGGAAAUGGACACUUAUAACGAGCUCUACCUGGUCAUGGAGCUGGUCAAGGGCGGUGACCUCUUUGAUGCUAUCACCUCCUCCAACAAGUACACAGAGCGGGACGCCAGCGGCAUGCUGUAUAACCUGGCCAGUGCUAUCAAAUAUCUGCACAGCCUUAACAUUGUCCACCGUGACAUCAAACCCGAAAAUCUCCUGGUUUAUGAGCACCAGGAUGGAAGCAAGUCUCUGAAGCUAGGGGACUUUGGCUUGGCAACAUUUGCAGAUGGACUGCUCUACACUAUAUGUGGCACCCCAACAUAUGUAGCUCCAGAAAUAAUCGCUGAGACGGGGUAUGGGUUGAAGGUUGAUGUCUGGGCCGUUGGGGUCAUAACAUACAUACUCCUUUGUGGGUUCCCUCCAUUCUGUGGAAGCACAGGUGAUCAGGAAGCUCUUUUUGAUCAGAUUCUGAUGGGACAGCUGUAUUUCCCUUCUCCAUACUGGGACAAUGUUUCAGAUUCUGCAAAGGGGCUUAUUACCUGCAUGCUACAGGUGGAGGUCCACCAGAGGUACACAGCUCUACAGGUUCUAGAUCAUCCCUGGGUCAAUGAUGACAGAAUGUUGGAGAAUGAGUGCCAGUUGUCUGUGGCUGGAAAGAUUAAAAAACAUUUCAACACAAGUCCCAAACCCAACAGCAGCACAGCAGGAGUCUCUGUCAUAACAACCACCCCUCUUGAUAAGGAGAGGCAGGUUUUCAGACGAAGACGCCACCAGGAUGUGAAAGCCCCAGCCCCUCGCACCACCCAGAGCACCUUUCCCUCCAGCCCUGCCACCUGGGACUCUGGCCCUACCCUGUCUCCGGCUGAUUUCACCUCAGAGUCUGAGGACAUUUCUCCCAGCUCAGCUGAAACGGUCCGCUCACCCACCUCACCAUUUUAACACCAUACACACAAGAAAGUGAAGGAAACCUAGAUGUAAAUGGAACGAGAUGACAAAAUGACAGUUUGUUAAUAACUCUUCUGUUGAGGAUAGAGUUCAGCAGAAAGCACAACAGAAUUGUUUGAUAUGAGGCACAUGCAUUUUCUUUUUUGUCUUUAUUUUAUUUAUAACAUCAAGUAGAUAGCUGUAGUUAGGUGGGACUGGAAUAGUGGUUUUCACAGUUUAAAAUAUGUGUGGGUGAAUCUGAAUUAGUGUGAAAAUAAUCUCGCACAUUUACAAAUUCUUUGGGGGUUUUAAUUUUGCCCAAAGAAGAAAACCUUUUGUCUGAAAGAAGUGGUUUGCUCUCUGCACAUGUGGUGCUUUAUAUGUCCUUUAUAUUUCGAUCAUCUGCCUUCACAUUUUCAUCCUAGUAAAAAGCCUCCUCUAUUUUUCUUCACUCUAUUAUUGAAUAGAAGGUAAUGUAUCUAAACAUACCUCCCUGUUCAAUUCAAUGCAAACUUUAAAAAGCAUGUCGGCCAUCUAUACAUUACUUUUUAUCCCGAUAAAUAACCUAGGAUGUCUUAAAAUCAUCUUUUCUUUCAGUGAAAAAAAAUGUAUGUGGGUUUCUACCUUUUUGUAUGAACUUUAUAUAUUUUAAAUAUUUUAGGUUUUUACAUUUAUUUCAACCUGAUAACCUAUAUUUGCAUAUUUCAACAUUUCCUCGCAGAAACAUGUUUUAAGUCUGUUAGGCUGCAGAAUGUUCUUUAUAAAAUGUGUGAUAUGCCAGAAUUGUUUAGACUCUUUUGGAUGUAUAUUUGGCUAUAAGAAAUGCUAAAUCUCAACUGUAACCUAAUGCAAUGAAGUGAAGGGUGCUGAUUUUAAAACACAAUGAUGAAAAUGACUAGAAACUUGUCAGUCCAACGUUGCUGCUAUAAUCUCUUCACCGGUGAGUUACGUUCUGUCAGUUCCACAUACUGUAAGUCAUUAAUUCUCACACUACUAAUUGUACAAUAUGAGAAAAAUGAAUGUAAGAAAACUAGCUGAGCUGGCAUGUAGCUUGUUUGUUAUUCAAAAGUGUAACAAACUGGAAUAUACUAAAGGCACAUUAACAUGUCUGCUAAUGAUUGUGAUAAUGAUAUUUGGGGUAAGCAUGUAGACAUUUGUCUUUUUUAAUGUUGAAUGUAAGGAUCUAAGGAAUGUAUGGGUUUAGCAGUGACAUGAUUUGGGAAAAUGUACAUUUUAAUGCAUUUUUGUAUGUUUUGUCACACAAUGGCCAAACAAGACCGAUCGGAAAUGUUUUAGAAGUUUAAGACAAGAAAAAUGCAUAAAUGUUUUAAUAAUUAUUCACUUUUUGCAUUAAGACUCCUAAAACAAUUUAAGAUCUGUUUAUGAUAAGAUGACUGACUAAGCAUCAUUAGUCAGAGAGUGUUCAUUAUCAUAAGUGAUGUUUUAAUGAGAACAAUGCAUUUAUACAUUUUAACCAUUAAAAUCCACAGAAAUUUGCAUUAUUAAAAAAGAAAAUGCUUUGCUAAAGUGUUCUAUUUGUUUACAAUAUUUAAUGCAUUACAUAUCAUGAACUAACA